AGCCCCUAGAAGUAGAGAAGAGGUGCCGUUCGAAAAGCACAUUUUGGCAGCGUGCACCCAGUCGGACCUUCGCAGUUCCGAAUUCAUCGCGGAGAGAAGCAGUUUACAGUCUUUGUAUCUCGUCUUCUGCAUUACCAGAGAGUGAUCGGAAAGAUGUCGCCGCUACGUACCACCAUCCUGUUGCUGGCCUGCACAUUGGUUGGCCUGCUGAACCAAGCCGAAGCUCGAUCUUUUGGCGCUCCAGUAGAGGCGUGUGAGACCAUGAUGCCAAUGCAUGGAGGUGCUGCCGCCCAGCAGGGUCCACCACCAUACACGGUCUAUCACAACAUUCCUAAUGGAUUCAACAGAGGCACUCCAUACAGAGUGACCGUUUUGUCAACGAGCGGCGCGGAAUUCCUCGGCUUUUUCUGCCAAGUGCGUGAGUAUGGCGCACCAGCCGUGUCAAGACCCUAUGGCUAUUUCACGACUGCACCACGUACUCAGACUCGUGAUUGUGCUGCGCGGUUCGAAGACAAUAGUAUUAAUCCAGCGGCUGCCGUUACUCACACAGAGCGCCUUGGCGUCACUAACAUCUCCGUCUACUGGACAGCACCCCCUGCUGACGUGGCUCUGCCAGCUACGCUCAACGUUGUCUGCUCAGUCGUCCAAGCCUUCUCCACAUUCUGGGUCCAGAUCCCGUCAACAUCUUUCUACACAGCCACCAACACCUCCAUCCUCACCACAGGAGCACCAGCGGCUAGCACAGCUCCAUACACGGGAACAGUACCCACUACGGCACCGUACACCGGCACGGGCGCACCACCAGCAGCCACAACUGAAUUCAACGCUGGUAACUGCCCACCAUUGGCCACGGCCACAACGGACGCUGAGCGCUAUCGUGCCUACCUGUACUGCUGGAGCCAGCGCUUUGAGGAGUGGUAUGCCGCUUACCAGAACUGGCUGUCGUCCGGCGGUCAAGGCUGUGCCCCUACCACUCCAUCGUCUUGAGCUCAUGUGCAGUGGUAGCUUGAUGAGCCGGCUGCAUGCCGCGGUUGAACGCUUCAACUUCUGUCCUUUUUAGCAACAGGGCAAAGUCUCUGCCAGCCAUGCAACGUUCAUGAGUCAUAGGACAAAUUGAACAAACACGGAAACUUGCAAGCGCCUCGAGCCUUUCAACCAUUCCUUUAUCUUCUGUUCUUCACCCACCUCUGCUUUUCUCUCUAUCUCUAUUAUUGUCCUGCAUGCAUGCAUGCCAUUCUUUCUUCUUUCCUUCUUCUUUUUCCUUUUUUAUUUUUUUUACAAUGUACUCGUGCUUUUCUGUCUGCAAACUCCAACGCAGCCACUUACAUACUGGAGUGUAUAGCGUUAGCAGUUUGGAAAGCUUUAGACCCGUGCUGAUAUAGGCGUAGAUCUACAUGACAUAAUUGUACUGUAGGCUAUUUUUGUAAUGUUGGAAUCACCCACUGAUGAUAGGUCUAUUAUGCCUACUGCAUACCGUUAUCUCCAUGCCACAGCCCUUCCUCCUUUGUGAUCGCGCAAGUGGUGUGACAAAGUUACAAUCGACCAUCAA